AUGCAUCAGCCAAGGCGAUCUUUUCUAUCCGUUUGGAGAUUGGAAGAUUCCAAUUGGAUCUAUCUAUCUCCACAUUACCAUACUGUAACCUGUCGUGGCCUUCGAAUCCUUGAGAGCAACGACCAAGUAUUUGCCGCUCUUAAGGACGAGGCUUUGAUGUUUGAGAGUGUUGGUGUGAGGGUGGAGGUGAAGGGCGACGGUCAAGGACGACGGUCAAGGACGAAGGCAAGGGGCGACGGUGAAGGGAGACGGUAG